CCAGCCCUGGUUUCUGUGGACUCUGCUUCUACAGUAAAUGAACCCUGAGGAAAACUGACCAGUUCCUGCAGUGCUGAAAUAAUGGCUCAUGAUUUGGUGAUGUUCAGAGAUGUGGCUGUGGACUUCUCUCAGGAAGAGUGGGAAUGCUUAAACUCAAAUCAGAGGAGUCUGUACAGAGAUGUGAUAUUAGAGAACUACAGCAACUUGGUGUCACUGGGAUGUUCCUUUUCUAAGCCAGAUGUGAUUACACUACUGGAACAGGGGAAGGAGCCCUGGAUGGUUGUGAGGGGUGAGAAAAGAAGAUGGAGCCUAGAUUUGGAAUCCAGGUAUGACACUAAAAAGUUAUUUCAAGAAAAAGAUACAUAUGAAAUGAGUUUAUCUCAGUGGGAAAUAAUAGAAAGAAUUAGGAGUCGUGGUCUUGAUGGCAGAUUUCUUGGAAAAGACGUUGCAUAUAAAAAGUUUGAAGGACAAGAUUUUCCUUACAAGAUACAUUUCAGGCAAGUGACAAAAACCACCCCUGAAAAAGUACCCACUUACAGAAAACUAGCUUCUCUUACUCUAUAUCAGAAAAAUCAUAACAGAGAGAAACCUUAUGAAUGUGGGGUAUGUGGGAAGGCUUUCAGAGUCCGCCAGCAACUUACUUUUCAUCAGAGAAUUCACACUGGUGAGAAACCUUAUGAAUGUAAAGAGUGUGGGAAGGCCUUCAGACAGUGUGCCCACCUUAGCCGACACAAGAGAAUUCAUGCUUCGGACAAACUCUACGAAUGUAAAAAAUGCGGAAAGAUUUUUACAUGUAGCUCAGACCUUCGAGUACAUCAGAGAGUUCAUACAGGUGAGAAACCCUAUGGAUGUAAAGAAUGUGGGAAAGCCUUCAGAGUUCGAGGACAACUUAAUCUUCAUCAGAGGAUUCACACUGGUGAGAAACCCUAUGAAUGUAAGGAAUGUGGGAAGACCUUUAGGCAGUAUGCACACCUGACUCGACAUCAGAGACUUAACACCGCUGAAAAGCGCUAUGAGUGUAAGGAAUGUGGGCAGGCUUUUCUGUGUAGUACAGGCCUUCGAGUACAUCACAAACUUCAUACUGGUGAGAAACCAUUUGAGUGUAAAGAGUGCGGAAAGGCCUUUAGAGUGCGGCAGCAACUGACUCUCCAUCAGAGAAUUCACACUGGUGAGAAGCCCUAUGAUUGUAAGGAAUGCGGAAAGACCUUCAGUCGUGGCUAUCAUCUAACUCUGCAUCAGAGAAUUCACACCGGUGAGAAACCUUAUGAAUGUAAAGAGUGUCAGAAGUUCUUUCGUCGUUACUCAGAACUCAUUUCCCACCAAGGCAUUCAUAUUGGAGAGAAACCUUAUAAUUGUAAGGAGUGUGGGAAAGCAUUUAGACUGUUCUCACAACUUACUCAACAUCAGAGCAUUCAUUUUGGUGAGAAACCCUAUCAGUGUAAGGAUUGUGAGAAGACUUUUAGGUUGCUCUCACAGCUUACUCAACAUCAGAGUAUUCACACCGGUGAAAAACCUUAUGACUGUAAAGAAUGUGGAAAGGCUUUCAGACUCCAUUCUUCACUUACUCAGCAUCAGAGAAUUCAUUCUGGUGAGAAACCCUACAAAUGUAAGGAAUGUAAGAAGGCAUUCAGACAACAUUCACACCUUACAUAUCAUCAACGGAUUCAUAAUGUAACUUAAUUAUAAGAAUCUUCCUGU